AUGGAUUAUGUCUCCAAAUGGGUUGAAGCAGAAGCACUUCAGAACAAUGAUGCAAGAAGUGUGACAAGAUUUCUAAAGAAAUUGUUCACAAGAUUUGGAGUACCACGGAUUGUAAUUAGCGAUAGGGGGACACACUUCCGGAAUGUACCCAUGUGGAGAUUACUUCAAAAGCAAGGCAUACAACAUCGGGGAGGAAUCCCGUAUCAUCCUCAGACCACCGGGAAGUUGAGAAUGCAAAUAGAGAUAUCAAGGCCAUAUUGGAAAAGACAGUGGCGCGGCAUAGGAGGGAUUGUGCUGACAAGCUUAACGAUGCAUUGUGGGCCUUUCGGACUGCUUAUAAGACACCGAUAG